AAAUGAGAACAUUUCCCACAUCAGUAUAUCCUUUCAUUAUUAAUAAUUGCAUUGCUUCUAAUAUUAUAAAGCAGUUAUGAGUAUUAAUAUUUAGCAGUUUAUCACAUAGUUUUGAAAUUAGUUUUGUUUAUGAUUGGUCUUAUUUGUUGUGCAUGAUCAAAGCUUAUAUAUGAAUCCAUUGCAUUUGACUCUAAAAGGUCAUGUCUGCAGAUUUUGGAGGCUUGCAGUCUUGUGUGGUAUGUAUGUAUGUGUGUUUUUUAACUUUUGCUUUGCAGAGACACCUGGGGAGAAAAACAGGAUGUCGGGGCGACAGGGUGAACUAAAGGUCAAUGUUGUUUAUAGCAGCAUGAACUUCUAAGACAGAAGUAAAACUUUCCAUCGAACGGGCCCCCACCCAACUACACAUAUAUAUUUUUGGGGUCAGAGGGAAAGGCAGAUCAGAUCAACCGCUCCUCGGGGGACCUGAUUCUGCAUUGGUGUUGUGUAAAGAUAGGGACAGUUUUGACCCAGAGCUCUGUAAUACUUCAUUUGAGAUACUUAUUAAAAAUAAUUUGAUUUGAGUUACGUGUCUAUUCUCCUCAUUCAAAGAACAUGCAGGACAUUUAAAGUCCAACAAUUGGUGACCCCGUCGACGUGAUGAGGAGAAUCCGACAUCAUUGAUUUUUCUUCUCGACAUUCCACUUGCGCAAAAUAGGAAAGGUAAGCAGAUACCUGUUAUAUCAAAAUUCUGCUUUAUUUAAAUGUCGUGAAGAAUAAUUAAUGAUACAAUGAUUAUUGUCAUUUUUAUCUAAAUUGCAUAUCUCAAAUGAACUAUUAAAUGUGUCAAUAAAAUAAAAAGGGAAUUAACAGUAAUAAAAUAAAAUAAAACAAAAUAAAAUAAAAAUAGUAAAAGAAAAGAAAAUAUAAAAAGGGGGCUCGACGUUGGCAACGCUAGCCCCGACGGGGGCUUAAAUUUCUGGGUUUCCACUCCCGAAGACGUAGCUCAUCUUCAAAAGGGCAGGGUGCAGACCCGGAGCGUGGUCAAGGACCACGGGCGGAUUAGCCGCGGAUGAUACAGAGCGGUUGGACCGCGGUAAAUAGAGAUUGAAGUGGGUUUCAUACCCGAGAAAGUGGUCAGGGACCACGGGCAACGCAGCGGUCGGACCGCAUAAGAGAAACUGAAAGUAAUAAGAAAACCACGAAGUAGUUGAAAAUACGAAGAGAAUAUCGAUAUAUGAAAAAGUUGUGCUAAAGAAUAGGAAUUUGAAACGUACUGAAGACUAUACACCAUGGGUCCUUAUUUUUAAAUGUGCUGUUUGUUUGCUACCGGUAUAUUAUCAGCUUUAUUGUGAGUAUAUUUUAAUUAAAUUUUUUUCUUUAAAGUAAUAUUUUUUUAUUUUUGCUGCCAGUAAAUUGCAAUUCAGUGUUAUCUUUUUACGAAAUAUUUUUGCUAUUAUUCAGUUCCACGAUUAGUACAUUUUUAUUCAAUUUUCUAUUUUUCCUAUUAACAAAGUUUUUACUUAAUCUUAUAUCUUAGGUUUUAAUUACAUUUUUUAUUUUUCUUAUUCAAUUUUAUUAUCAGUAAUUUUUUACUUAAUUGUAUAUCUUAAAUUUUAAUUCAUUUUUCUAUUUCUACGAAGACAUUUUAUUUUGAGUCAGAUUUAUGAUCAGUAAAUUUCAAUUCAGUUUUUUAAAGUUUGAGUAUUAUCUAGUUUUAUUAUCAGUAAAAUUGUAAUUCAGUUUUUAUGUGUUCAAUUAGUAAUCGUUUACUGUAAGUGAAUUUGGAAUAAAAUUUCUAGUUUUAAAAGCCGUCGGAUUCUGUCUUUAGAAAAUGUAUUGUGGUUGCAAUUUACUGUCAGCAAAAUUUAACUCAAUUUGUAGAAAAGCAUAUUUUAAUCCUGUGUAUAUUGUAUUUUACUAUGGUGUGUAUUUGGGGAAUUUUGUUUAGUAUCAUUUCAUUUACACAAGUGUAGACGGAUCCAGUUUUUAUUUUUGUUUUAUUAGUGUGAAUGUGUGAUUCUCCGGAGUUGUCUAGUGUUAUUUCAUGUUUAAAGGAGUAGACGUUUCUGCAGUAUAUUUUAUGUUUAUUGUAUUUUAGUGUGGAUGUCCAUUUUCUUAUUUCAUUCCGGGGUGUGACUCGGGAAGAAAGAGUGGUUUAUUUGUAGUUGAUUUUAAAAUAAAUUGAAAUUGAGAAUUGAUUUCUGUGAGUUUAUUACCAGAAGAGAUUGUUUCAUAUUUAACAGAUUAUAAAAUAAGGAAGAGGAAACUGUGAACUUCUCAGCUCGUAGCGUAAUUUAGUUUCACUUUAGAAGUUGUGCUCUUAUUCUGUUGUUUGUCCGCUACGGGGCUGUAGUUUUACUUUCAUUUUGGAAAAAUAAAAUUGAAGUAGUUAUAUAUUAUAGAGUAUCUGUGGUAAAAAGGCGUGCGGAAGAGAGAUAAACCCAGUCCGAGAUAGACAAGAGACAUAAAGUGUUGAAGUGUAAAAGAUUAAAACGGUUACUUAUAUCUAAUAGUUUUGAUUGCGGUAAUGGGACAGGGUUUAAUAAAAAUCAACCGACUCUGUUUGAAACUCAGCCAUGGUUAUCAUAAAAGUAUACAGUGCCUGUGAAUUGAUUGAGACGCGUAUUGUAUAAAUUGUUUUGACUUCUAAUAAGAAUAUUGUAACUUUUAGGAAAAACGUUAGAAUAUUAGUGAGAUCAGUAAAGAGAUUAGAGAAGUGCUCAUUGUUUUAUGGAAAUUGGUAUUUCAACGAGUGAUAAGAAUGAAAUGUUAUUGAUUGAAUUGAAUUUUUUUUUAUUUAACAAGUGUUAAAUAUCAUUACAUUUUUGGGGCUUUGACAGAUUUUAAAUUUCAAAUUUGACCAGUAUUAUAUAAUGAAUUUAGUUUGAAUUUUGACAAGAAUUACAUAUUACUGGAUUGAAUUAGCUUUACGUUUUGACAACGCCUUGAAUCCUCUUUAACCGUCAUCGACUGAUGUGUUGAAUAUUAUUAUAUUUUAAUUUCAAUAAGAAGUUAACAUUACUGAAUUUUAUCGUCUGGCAAGUAUUAAAUAUUAUUAAAGUGAACUUUAAUUUUGAUAAAGAGGUGAUUAUUAUUCAUUUGACUAAGAAAACACAGAAAAUAAUUUUGUGAGAGUCUUUUGUGUAUUUACAGAAGGACUGGCAUCGAAUAACAUUGAAAGGAAGAAUAAACGAGAUAUUCAGGGUAAGAAAAAUUGUAGUGGAAGAUAAAAUGAAGACUCUUAAAGAACAAUGGGAGGCAGCAGUAGAACAGUUAGUGAGCGGUUUACCAGAAAAAGCAAGGCUCAAGAAAAUUAAGAAAUUGCAGGAAAUGUAUGAAGAGUGGAAACAACUUAAAGGUUACGAGGAUAGAACAAAAAUAAGUUUGAAAGAACAUGUAAUAGCACAAGAAAGUGACGCACACAGGAAGUUUCAGAGAGAGGACAAAAAGGAAGUGGGGCUUCUCGCUAGAAAGAAGCAUGAAAAGGAAGUGAAGAGACUACGUGAGGAGUUUCACUUGUGGCAUAGUAUGGCAGUAAGUUGUGUGGCUUUGGUACAGCUGGAGAAAGAGACAGAAAAGAAAGUGGAACUAAAAAAGAGUGACGUUAAAGAGAAGGAAACAAACAAAAUUCAAGAAGGGAGGGAGAUAGCAUCCAUUUAUCCAGUACUGCCACCCACUGCUCCACCUCCAUAUGCCCCACCCCACACACAGUUACCGGUACUUGAAGUACAAAAGGGUGUGUUGGACAUGGAGCAGAGGGAGGGAAAUCGCUGGAAAAUAAAAUCAGGUAAAUUAGAUUUAAUAACAGAAAAAGAGAUGGAGGAGAGAGAGAUAGCAAGAGAAACAGCUGAAUUAAUGAGAACACAUAGAGAGCAAGCUGCACAGGCAGAACAGAGGAUGGUAGCUCUGGAAAAGGAAAUAAGGCAACAAUGGAACAGCGUAGCACAGGAAAGGGCAUUUCAGCCCAGAGCACAAAGCACCCCAGGAGAAACAUUGAGCAGCAGAUUUAUAACAGUGGAUGAGACUGGGAGUCAGAUAGAGGUUGAAAAUCAGGGAACAUAUCCAAUGGAAAUCAGAGGAGAAAUGAGGAUGGGUAAGAAGAUGAGAGAGGAGAGCAAAUAUAACUCUAGUAUAAAGACACCAAAGAAAGAGCAGGAAAGAGAAGAACAGGAAUAUAGGGAACUAGGUCUCAUUCGAGGGAUACCAAAUAUGUGCCCACUAGUGGACACAAAUGGAAACUUAGAAUAUAAACCAUGGUCAUUCACAGACAUGGGAGCUAUCCUUGCAAAGUUACCUCAUAUCACGAGUGGAGGGGGUAAAUGGAUAGGGAAGGUAAUAACUUUGACGCAGGGCCAUACGUUGGCGAUAGGAGACCUGAGGGCAUUAUUGGGACAGGUACUGACUGUAGGACAGAUCACGGAAAUUGAGCAAGAGGCAGGAACGGUUGGGAUAUAUGAUGACCACCCAUAUUGUCAAGUGGCAUCAGUUUGGGGAAAGGCCCUGCGAAAGCUGUACCCAGCGCCAGCAGGCACUCUUUAUAAUAUCAAAUUUUCUCCAAAAGGGGAAGAAACAGCAGCAGCAUACCUGAGUCGAUGCAAAGGAGAAUGGGAAGAGCACACUGGGGCUCAUCCACAUGCAGACAAAAUACACGAACAAAUGUUCAGAGCUGCUGUAUUGGAAGGAACUCCUAAAUCUGUACAAGAUGAAAUAAAAGCCAACCCCGAUUUACCAGGUGCUGUAUGUGAGGUUUGGGAACGACAUUUCCUUCAUCACAUGUCAAGGGCGAACGAAAAAGAAAAAGAAAAAGUAGGGGAAGUAGAGGAAUUGAAAAAACAGUUGCUAAAAUUACAGUUGCAUGAGGCCAGAUCUAAAAUAAAUGAAGAAAAAGGGAAAAAGAAGGAUAAACAAAUGGUAGUUCAGGAAAUGAAAACCCCUCCAAGAUUUAACAAAGAACAGGAAGCUGACCCAUCAAAUGUAAAAUGGGAAAGAACCACCCAAAGACCAAUAAACUACUCCAAUAGAGGUAGGGGUGGGGAUUACAAUAGGGGGAGGGGAAGAGUACAGUAUCAAAAAGGGUGUUUCCGUUGUGGUCGUCCGGGACACUUCUUUCGUGAGUGUCGGCAACCUGUUAGCGGACCACAACAGAGACCAUACAGGGGCAGAGGCCAUAACACACACAUGGCCCCUAACGUGGAAAAAGCACCACGACCACACUCCCAGUACCCUUUGUCCACUGGAGGGGAAGGGGAGUGGUACUGAGACAGCCCACGGAACGACCUCAGCAGGGUUAGGGCGGAACCCUUGCUGACUUUGGAGGUGAACUCACAUCCUGUUGAAUUCCUGGUGGAUAAUGGGGCAACAUACUCCACACUGAACUAUGAACUUCCAAAAAAUCUUAUUUCAGACAAAACCACCGAUGUAAGGGGGUUUUCCGGGGCUAUAACUAGACUGCCAUUAUCCAAAGAACUCACAGUGCAGUGCAUGAAAAAACAAUCACUGACUCACUCUUUUCUGCUGUCAUAUUUCUCACCGACAAAUUUGUUGGGAAGAGACUUGCUAGUGAAACCUGGAGCUGAAAUCCUACGCAGCCCGGAGGGGAUUAUAGUAACUAUGAAAAAUGGUAUCACCAUGAACUGUUCCAUCAUGACCACAAUGAGAACGCAUGGACAAUGGUUACUUUCUGCAAACACCUCUCCACAGGGAGCUGACAUUUACUGGGGGAGGGUGAUUCUGGGGGACACAGGGGACACCCUGAAUGAUCUGUACUGUCAAUGGGAACCUUGGAUAUUAUCAUUAGCGCCAUACACUCAGCUAAUAGAUCCACUGCAUGUCACUUUGUUUUAUGAUAGAACACAAGAGUACUGGUACCAAGAACAAUUUGAUAACAUCGCAGGAGAACAAUGGGAAAUUUGUGGGGCAGGAAUAAUGAUAGGCAAAGAGGGAGUGGCAGCUAUAGUAGAACUUACCCCCGAACAGGAACAAUGGUAUAGAAUGAGGGAAGAGGCAUCACCCCAUAUAUCAUUAUCAGUACAUCCCCAACACCAAGCUAAAGAUCUAGGACCAAUGGUAAAGAAGGGAAUAAAUUUAACAGAUUGGAGGGAAACCCAACUUCCUGGUGUAAAAUAUUCACCUAGCUCAGGGUAUUAUUUGAUCACACAAGAAACAAAAGAUAAUGUAGUGUUGGAACACGAAUGGCUCACAAGAUGGCAUGGUAGGGAUAAAAGUGAUCAUGAAAAUGAUGAAACAAUGUUGAAAAGUUUGCCCGAUCAGUUAUGAACACAGAAUCCCACAGAUGUAGGGUUUUGUAAAAAUUUCCCAGAAAUAUCGUUCGAGCUGACAUGUGAUGAUCCAAUUUUGGAGGCCUCAAUAAAAGUACAAACCAAAGGCAGAGGAAGGUAUCAAAUAUAACAUUGAAGGUUUGUUAACCGCAGGGGUUUUAGAGUAUGCUGAUUUCAAUUGGAACACACCCAUUUUGCCUGUGGAAAAACAAAACAUAGGAAAAUUCAGAAUGGCACACGAUUUGAGAACAAUCAAUCAAAUCAUUAAAACUCCAACUUUACCUGUUCCAAACCCAUAAACUUCUCUGAAUUAAAUCACUCAAAAUCAAUCAUGGUAUAAUUGCAUCGAUCUCACUAAUGCUUUCUUCUGUUUACCUCUUGCAGAGCACGUGAGGGACAUUGUUUGACCGUAUUCACCGCGCACUCUGUUGUAACUUAUGUUAAUUAAUCAUCAUUUAUAAUUUCCACUCUGAGACAAAGACGGUUGGAAAACAGUCUGCACAACUAAAUUUGGUUUUCACACAUGAGGGCAUAAACAUGGCCUCAUAUUGGACAGAAGGAGAACCCCAUGACUGUUGUAUGACCGUGGAAAGGGAAGAGAAAAUUAGACCAGAUUUGUUGACACACAUCAUUACGGAGGGAGUUAUGGUGUUUUCAGAUGGAUGUUUUUUCAGAGAUUCGAGUGGAACACUGAGGUCAGGAAUAGGUAUUGCAGCACUGGAAGAGGAAGAGAUUCAAAUAUUGAGAGCAGAACCUUUACAGGGACAUCAGUCAGCUCAGAGAGCAUAAAUUGUGGCAAUGACAAAGGCUUUGGAGUGGGGAGAGGGAAAAUAAUUAACAUUUUUAGUGCCUAUGAAGUGGGUGCAGUAGUAACAGAAUUACCUAAGUGAAAAAGAUGUGUUUUUAUGGCAGCUAACAACAUAACUAUUAAACAUCAGGAAGAAAUCAUAGCAUUAGCAGCAGCUAUUUUGAGACCCAAGUAGGUGGCGAUCAUAAAGUGCAAAGGUAAUGAUAACAGUAACUCAGAUGCGGCACAAGGUAACCGGAUAGCGGACAUGGCAGUAAAGAUAGGUGCAGAGUACGUAACACAGAUGGUAUUGCAGAAUGACACACAAGAAUGUACCACCGACAUUUUGCAUGAUCCAAACAUAGCAGUAGAACAAGAUAAAGCAUGAGGAAAAAUCCAUGUGGCUCCAAAAAGGAGCUGCAUGGACGCAAACAGGCUGGGUAGGGCAUGACGGUAGACCAGUAAUUCUGCCCAGCAUGGUAAAACCCCUUUUCGCUCAAGCACACACCCCCUCACAUGUUGGAAUCAAACAACCCGUGUCCAAUCUUAACCAGUGGUGGCACCAAUACCUGGCUGCUACAGUUAAAGAAUUUAUCGCUAACUGCAGGGUGUGCUCCAUACACAAUGUACGUGCUGGAGUGAAAUGUGCCCCAGGUGUCUUCCCGCCACGGGGACCUGGUGAGGAAGUGGUUAUCGAUUACACAGACAUGGGGGAGAGCGUGGAAGCUAAACGGUAUCUUUUGGUUUUCGUGGAUGUGUUUUCAGGUUGGCCAGAGGCGUGGCCCACGGGGAAGGAAGAUUUGAUUUCGGUGAUUAAGUGUUUGAUUAACCAAUAAAUUCCGCGUCACGGUUUUCCACGAAUUAUUCGCUCAGACAACGGUACACAUUUUAAGAAUAUAGAUUUGCAAAAGGUUGAGAGUGCACUGGGAUUGUGCUUCCGUUUCGGUACCGUAUAACAUCCUCAAUCACAGGGAAAAGUUAAACGCAUGAAUCUUAACCGCAUGACCUCAUUUACAACAUUUGAACUUCUGAUGGUAGUUCAUUUCCUGGUCCGUUCAACCCAGUGCACCCUGAACAAAUAAAAAUCUCGAUCACAGAACAUAAUUAACCAAACUGAAUGAAAUUGUUUUAAGUUUUUCCAAACAGAAAACC